AUGAUUAGAGAUUGCUGCAAAUGGGAUGGAAUUGUCUGUGACAAUGUAACUGGCCAUGUUAUCAAGCUCCAACUUGGGAGUUCUCAGGGUGUGUUUGCAUCAAAUGCUGAAGCUGAAGCACGUGUAGGGUUGAAGUUGCGUGGUAAGUUGAAUCCUUCCAUGAUAGAUUUGAAGUAUUUAAGUAACUUGGAUCUUAGCAACAAUGAUUUCGGAGAAAUUCAAAUUCCCACUUGGUUUUGGAACUUGUCUUCCAAUCAGUACUACCUGAAUAUCUCUCGAAACCAAUUCCAAGGUAGCAUUCCUGAUUUACUCACAAUGUUUCAUCCUUCUGCUGUGAUUGACCUUAGCUCAAAUAACUUCAGAGGUCCACUACCUCGUCUUUCAUCCAAUGUGACUGCUAUAGAUCUUUCUAACAAUUCCAUGUCAGGAUCUACCUCUCAUUUCUUGUGCUACAAAAUCAAUGAGCCAAUGAAAUUGGAAGUUCUAAAUCUUGGCAAUAAUUUUUUAUCAGGAGAAAUACCUGACUGUUGGAAGAUGUUUCCAAGGUUGGUGGCCAUAAAAUUAUGUGACAACAAUUUCAGUGGUAAGAUUCCAAGUUCCAUGGGAACUUUCACUUUUCUUCAAUCAUUACACAUACGCAACAACAUUCUAGUUGGUGAAGUACCCUCCUUUCUAAAAAAAUGCAGUGAAUUGCUUACUGUUGACUUUGCUGCUAAUCAACUCUCCGGAUAUAUACCACCAUGGAUGGGAGACAAGUUAUCAAAAUUAAUCAUCUUCAGCCUUCGGACAAACAAGUUUAAUGGUACUAUACCUAAAUUGUGCCCUAUCAUCUCUUCAAAUCCUGGACCUUUCCCUCAACAAAUUAUCAGGAAAUAUUCCGAGCUAUAUCAACAAUCUCAAUUGCAUGGCCUUGAGAAAUAA